AAAAAAGAUUUCAUCUUAAUAACAACAAAUUCAAUCAAAAAAUCACUCCUAAAGAAUCAACAACCGGACAUCCAAAUAAUAAUAUCACGUGUUGCGCAUGUUAAAGCUUAAUGGUGUUUCUAACAGAUUGCUACUUAGUAUACACCUUUAUAACAAAUAUCUCCAAAGCAAUCUCCUAAUUACUAUUUUUAUUGUAUUUGAUGAUCUUGACGUGUUAUCAAUUCUUUUUUUUGUUUAUUCAAAUUAUGAAUAAAUAAUAUUUUUAUUAAGUAAAUUAAAAAAUCUUUUCCUGAUACUUU